UCAGUUUCGAUGCUUCUACAGGAUAGACAGAGUGCUAAUACAGCGUAAGAUUUCUUCUUAUCUCCUGGCUAUCCUAGGUUAGCUGCGAUAUUGAUUCUCUUCGCACUAUGGCAUAAAAACUGAGUGCUUCAUCGGGCCAGCUCUAGCGAACGUCUUCGCAACCUCUAACACAUAUUUCGAACCCUGUUCUCCCAGCAUGUACAAGAAUUCGACCUCGAAGUCUAGUGCUGUCGCAACUUCCCCAUCCCCUCCCCGAGUUCCUGUGGAGCUACAGGAAAUGGUCAUCGACAGCCUGCGCAACAAUAAAGACGCCCUGUCCUGCUGCGCUCUCGUCUGUCGCUCCUGGCAAGCACUCAGCCAGACUUAUCUGUUUUCUAGUCUUCUCCUUUACUCAAAUGACUGCUUCCAUAAUUGCAGCAGCAGUUGCAUCAGCGACUCGGAGCCUCUUCCUGGGCAACCUCUUGAUGCAGUGAAGGAUUUCUUGGUCGGUACCCCGCGCAUUGGUGCAUACAUCCAGGAGAUCCGCUUUGUGGGGCCGGCAUGCGAUAAUGAACACAUUCUAAAGGCGAGCUUGCUGCUAAACAUCCUCAAAAGCGCCCCUCGCCUUCGCAUCAUGGAGUUCCACUCCCUUCUGAUCUGGGACGACUUCCCCACAAACGAGCUUAAAGACAAUAUCCUCGCCUUCUUGUCAGCUUUCCCUUGUCUCAAGCAGCUUGUCUUCAACACGACUAUUCUAGAGCCUGGGAGAUCGCCUCCCAUUACAGGCUCAUCAGAAGCCUCAUCUCCACCCUCAUUUCCAAGCCCUCCACGGAGUUUCUCCGAUAUGGGGCCUAGCGUCCUUAUAAACUCGCUUUCCCUUUCCCUCGAGUCUCUCGAAUUCAUCGAGGAAGGGUCCUAUUUUUCCCAGUUUGAGCAGGUGCUCGCAGCUAUGAUCGUGCGGCAGAACAGUUUCGGUUCUUUGCGACGUAUCACUGCCAACCUCGACAGCCAAAGCCCUAUGCGGUUGCGACGCGUCGCUCGUAUCAUCGAAGUGUUUGGACCUCGUCUUGAUGAGCUGUGCAUAGACCUCAGCGCACAUGGGUACAGUGCUCAUCCCGACUUCAUUGAAGCAUUUAGUGGCGCCUUGCAACCUGUAUGUCUUCCUGCCUACAAGAGCUUGUCGAAGUUCUCUGUUCGCAUCCACCUGAGUGACGAUUAUUCCCCGUCUUGCUUUGCAAUGUCAACUUGUCUUACUACAAGCACCAUGCUCCAGCUGCUUCUCCCCUCAGUCACUUCUCCAAGCCUUGUCCUUGUAUUUGACGUUGUUUAUCUACAAGAAACCACCGUGGCCAACAUCUUGAGUAGCAUAGGCCCUGUGGAGGGCACCGUUCUGUCGGCGGAUCGUGUAAAGACAGUCACCCUGACGACAUCGGGCUGGAAAGCUCCCCCAAUUCAAGAGAAGCUGCGGGCAAUCGUUGCCCACUUCCAGUCUUUAUCGGAGCGCGGAACCUGGCGGGUUGAGCUCGGAGGGAAGUUCGGCCCCUUAUCCGAAAUAGACCGGAGAGUAUUCCUCUCUGCAGAACCUUGAGAGCAGUAUUUGGGCUCAUUGAUAGCGACAAAGAGGCCCUGCCCCGUUGCUCUAUGAGUCAACAAUAUCUGAUCUGGCGAGUACAUGCUCGGGGCACAGUCUGUACUUUAGCCUUUACACUCAUCCCGGCGUAGACUAUGGUAGUAAUGAUGAUGAUCAC